AUGACCCAGGAGCCUCUGAAAAAGUUUCAGUGGGGCUGCUGUCCUGAGCUUGAGCGUACUCAGGCAGGUCAACACCGACUGGACGCGCUCCUCGGUGGGAUUGUAUCGGGUGAUGAGAUCAUGGCUGUGAAUGGAAAGAUCCUGACGGAUGUGACUCUAGCUGAAGGACAGACCUCAAUGGCUCAGGCCUGGAACAGUGGAGGGGACUGGAUUGACCUGGUCAUUGCAGUGUCUCCACCGAAGGAAUAUGAAGAUGAAGUCCCUAAAGCAGCAUCAUUCAGACCCACUGCAAAGAAAAAGGUUUUCCAAGGCAGUGCCCCUGUGUACAGACAGGGCUACGUCCUUCAGAUGAGGACCUCCCAUCCCCCAACCUGA